CGGCGCGCGGCCGCCGCAGAGUUCACCGCUGUGCCACCCGAGCCGCAUCGCCCCGCCCCCGCACGGCCGGCGCCCGAGCUCCCCUCCCCUCUCCAGCACGCGAGUGUCGGAGGCGAUCCCGCGCCCUGGGUGCGGUGAGGCCGCUGGGACAGCGGAGGUGCCUCCCGACGCGAAGCAGCGAGCUGAGGCGGCGGCCAGCGGGGAAGAUGAGCGGCAGCAGCGCCAGGUCCAGCCACCUGUCUCAGCCCGUCGUGAAGAGCGUGCUUGUGUACCGCAACGGGGACCCCUUCUACGCGGGGCGCCGCGUCAUCAUCCAUGAGAAGAAGGUGUCCAGCUUCGAUGUCUUCCUGCAGGAGGUGACCGGCGGCAUUCAGGCACCCUUUGGGGCCGUCAGGAACAUCUACACCCCGCGGACUGGCCACCGCAUCCGGAAGCUCGACCAGAUCCAGAGCGGGGGCAACUACGUGGCUGGAGGCCAGGAAGCCUUCAAGAAACUCAAUUACUUGGACAUAGGAGAAAUCAAGAAAAGACCAAUGAAAGUUGUUAAUACAGAGGUAAAACCAGUAAUCCAUAGCAGGAUCAAUGUGUCAGCUCGCUUUAGAAAACCACUUCAGGAUCCCUGCGCUAUCUUCUUGAUUGCAAAUGGAGACCACAUAAACCCAGCUUCUCGCCUCCUUAUCCCCAGAAAAGCCUUGAAUCAGUGGGAUCACGUACUACAAAUGGUCACGGAAAAAAUCACUCUGAGGAGCGGGGCUGUUCACAGGCUUUAUACUUUAGAAGGAAAACUUGUUGAGAGUGGAGCAGAAUUGGAGAAUGGGCAGUUUUAUGUGGCUGUUGGCAGAGAUAAGUUUAAGAAACUGCCUUACAGUGAGUUACUUUUUGACAAGUCAACAGUAAGAAGGCCUUUUGGUCAGAAAGCUUCUUCACUACCUCCUAUUGUAAGAUCCGGAAAGUCUAAAGGGAGUGGAAAUGAUCGCCAAUCUAAGUCAACAGUUGGACCCAGUGACAACUCAUCUCCUCAGCCCCCGAAGAGGAAAGGGAAAAAAGGAGACGUGAAUUCAGAAAAACUGAUGAAAGUGAAACAAAAUGUAAAAUUAAAGAAUUCACAAGGAACCAUUUCAAACAGUGAUGAAGGCAUUUUCAAAGCUGGAGCAGAGAGGUCUGAAACACGGGGGGCAGCAGAAGUCCAAGAAGAUGAAGAUACUCAGGUUGAGGUUCCAGUGGAUCAGAGGCCAGCAGAAAUAGUAGACGAGGAAGAAGAUGGAGAGAAGGCAAACAAGGAUGCAGAACAGAAAGAAGACUUUUCAGGAAAGAAUGGUGACCUUGAAGAGGAAGGAGGUAGGGAGGCUACAGAUGCCCCUGAGCAAGUCGAGGAGAUUCUGGAUCACAGUGAGGAGCAGGCAGGCCCUGCUCGUGUACAUGGAGGCACCGAUGAGGAGAAUGGUGAGGAGCUGGACCAGGUUAAUAAUGAGCUUCAACUGGUCCUAGACAAGGAAAGAAAGUCUCAAGAAGCUGGCAGUGGACAAGAUGAGGCUGAUGUAAACCCUCAAAGACCACCAAGGCCAGAAGUAAAAAUUACUAGUCCGGAAGAAAAUGAAAACAACCAACAAAACAAGGACUAUGCUGCCGUGGCUUAGAAGAUUUUUAAAAAGAGAGUAUAUGGAUCACAAGAAAAAUGAAGGGUUAUAAUACUUGAAAGAUAAGCACAUAGUUAUUGCUGAAUAUAAUGUGACACUAUGGUCGAAUAUUACCUACUGAAUUUUAACAUUAGAAGCCUAGUGGAAAGACCGGAUAACUCUAAAUGGCUACUAAAGGAUAAUUAUUUUUAUUGCAUGUGUUUUAGAAAGUCGUAUAGAAAUAUUAAAUAAGAGCGACAGAGGAGAAUUUGCACUGGAAGACAAUUUGCCACUUGUAUUUGUAAAGGAUGAAAAAUAGGAUCACUCUUAUUGUACGCUUUGUUAUAAGUUUAGAAGGCAGUUUAUUCUAAAGAAUUUUUCUCUAGGAAGACAUAGAAUUUUAAAGAACUGGUAAUAGGAAAGCAUGUACUAUUUUCUUAAAGCAAUAAACUGCUGAAUGAACAAAUUGCGAUUUACUUUCAGACAUAAUUUGGAGAUGGCAGUAGAUCAAAAUGUGUCCAUGACUUGUUAACAUGCCUUUCUUUCUUCCCCUUAGCCAAAAUCCACCUUAAAUGAACUACAAAGAUAGUGCGAGGUGUUCAUUUCGGUGGGAGGAAGCAUUGGUUCAGUGUUAGUGACUAGUAUCGCCACGCCCUCCCUUAAAUGCUUUCAGGCUUGCAUGCUUGUGGCGGCAAUGGCGCGCGCACAGGAAGGAAUUGUAAAAGAGCACCUGUGGUUUGCAGAGAAUGGAAAUCCUAUGGAUUUUCACUGAUCCAGUCUAUCUUUACCAUUAAUAUCUCUCACUUCUCCCUUAUGUUAUUAAAUUAGAGAACCUGAUACUGGCGAUUCCAAAGAUUAAAUUAUUUUCAAAUAGUUUUUAACAAAAAUGAAACAGUGUAUUAGGAAGAAAAAAGUAGACUAUAUGAAGAGUUUGUGACUGUUCAAUUUAACCUGUUUUUUGCCUUAUUUCUAUUAGGACUGCUUUAUUAUAUUUUUGCCCUGGGGAUAUCAGCAAAUAUUUAUUUUUCCUAGCAUGAUAUAUUUAGAAUUUCAAGCAGAUUUCUUUAUAAUUAGAAGGCAUCUGACAGAAAUUGUUGAAGAAAACUUCAGAAGUUAUUAUAAUGAAACCAAUUCCUGAAUCACAACUUCGUGGACUGAUCAAAUUGAUUUAUAGUUGCCUUGUGAGGUAUAUAUGGGAAAAACAUAAAAACAUAAUUUCAUCCUUUUUUUGAAUUCUUAAGAGAUAUUCUUCCAUAAAUAUAGAAAUAAUAUUUUUCUUAAAGGAUAUAUUUUUAACUAUGUGGAAGUUGUAAGCUUGAAAUUUUAACUUCUAGUGCUUCUCUAAAAAUCACAAUUAUAAGUUUAAAAAAUUUUUUCUCUUCCAGGUUUCGUUUGGAAUAAAGAGUUGGCAGUUAUAUAAAGCACUCAAUAAUGCUAUAGAAAAUAGAUGUGUUUUUUCUUAAUACGAUUUUGGUAUUUUCCACAGAUCGGAAGUGUAAACAGAGAUGAUAAUGUAACAGUAUUUGGAAAAGAUAAUGACACAAGGAUAUAGUGAUCUGGGAGCAUGAAUUAUAAACAGGGUACUAGGUUUCUGGUGUAAAAUCUAAAUUGUGCUUUCUACUAGACUUACUCUUGCAAAUGGGAUGAUAGAAAGCACUGUGGGCUAUAAACAACAAUCUUGGGUUGCUGGGCAAAUAGACAAAUUGAUCUUUUUUAUUAUUAUUUAUUAUUUAUUUAUUUUUUGAGAUGAAGUCUCGCUCUUGUCGCCCAGGCUGGGUGCAGUGGCGUGAUCUUGAUUUACUGCAACCUCUGCCUCCUGGGUUCAAGCGCCUGAGCCUCCCGAGCAGCUGGGAUUACAGGCAUCUGCCACCAUGCCUGGCUAAUUUUCGAAUUUUUAGUAGAGACGGGUGUUUCACCAUGUUGGCCAGGCUGGUCUCAAACUCCUGACCUCAGGUGAUCUGCCCGCCUUGGCAUCCCAAAAUGCUGGGAUUACAGGCACAAGCCACUGCACCCUGCCCCAGUUGGUCUUUUAAUAUUAAAUUUGUGCAUUAUUACUGGGUCUGCAGUUAAUGAUUUCAAAUAGUUUAUAAAAAUAACUGAUUAAAUGUAAGAAAUUACAACUAAUUAUCCUAGGUGAUUCUCUUUCUUCAAUGGAGAGUUUCUCUCUUUCUCUUUUCCUCCUCUAAUAAAAAUAUUUCUCUUUUU